AUGUCCUACACAUUCAUCAAGCCUCUCCUGGUCCACAACAAGCCCAAAUACUGUACUCCGGCAACAACCAAGAUGGGUAUCGACAUCACCCGCCACCACGUCAAGAAAGGCGGCCGAACCGCCCCCAAGAGCGAGGACCCAUAUCUGCUUCUCCUUGUCAAGCUUUACCGCUUCCUUGCCCGCCGCACAGAUGCCAGCUUCAACAAGGUCAUCCUGCACCGUCUUUUCCUUUCCAAAACCAACCGCCCUCCCCUCUCUCUCUCUCGCAUCGUAAAAGAAACCGCCAACACCCCCGACCUGUCGUCCAAAGUCAUCAUCCAAGUCGGCACUGUGACGGACGAUAUCCGGCUGACGACCGUCCCGAAACUAAGCAUCGCCGCCCUGCGCUUCACCCAGGCUGCGAAGCAGCGCAUCCUUGCUGCUGGCGGUGAGGUCCUCACCCUCGACCAGCUUGCCCUCCGUGCGCCUACUGGAUCGAACACCGUCCUGCUGCGAGGAGUGAAGACCGCUCGUGAGGCCUACAAGCACUUCGGCAUGGGCCCCCACAAGCACAAGAAGCCGUACACCAUCUCGAAGGGACGCAAAUUCGAGCAAGGUCGUGGUCGCCGAAAGUCGAAGGGCUUCAAGGUGUAA